GAUAUCGGAACAAACACUUCUUCCAUCCAUAAGAAGGAUUUGCACAGAUUUUUUUAGCAAUAAAUAUUUCUCAACAAAAAAAAAGGAGGAAUUUUAUUAAAUUUUUUUAAGAAAAACCUUGGCUGAAAAUAUGCACAAGACUCCGCAGACUUCACUCGAAGGGCUAAUUAAGCUCCAAAGUCUCCUCUGUUUUACGCCGGAAUUUUAAGGAACCCCUGAUUUCUAUUCAUCAGGGGCUGAAAUUUUUAACCCCUUUUCGCAUAGGGUUCUUCGAUUGGCAAUUUUCCAAUAGCAUUAUUCUUUGUUUGUUAAAUUCUAAAAAAAAAAAAAUGCUACAAUGACAACCAAUAUUGCCUUCCAGCUUGUUCAUCUUCAUGGCUGCUCAGCUGCCCAAGAACCUCACCUCCAAAUGUCUGUUAAAGCUCCUCAAGUCCGAAAAGAAUCUCAACUCGGCUCUAUCCCUGUUCGACUUGGCGAGUCAAUGCCCCGGUUAUGCCCACGACGCCGCCGUCUACCACCACAUCCUCCGCCGCCUCUCCCUUUCUAAACCCAAUGCGGGACUCCUGCCUCGGGUUUCAGGAAUCGUGGAGAUGAUUCGAAUUCAGAAAUGCCCUUGUUCGGAGGACGUCGCGCUGUCCGUGAUCAAGGCGUAUGCGAGGAAUUCGUUGGUGGACAAAGCGGUGGAAAUUUUUCAAAAAAUGGGGGAGAUUUUCCGGUGCGGUCCCCGGAUUAGGUCAUUCAAUACUUUGCUUAAUGCGUUUGUGGUGUUGAACCAACUGAGUAAGGCGGAGUUGUUUUUCCGAUCAUUUAAGAGUAUGGGGGUGUCUCCGAAUUUAGAAACUUACAAUAUUUUGAUCAAAAUGGCGUGUCAGAAGCGGCAAUUUGACAAAGCUAGAGAGCUGUUGAAUUGGAUGUGGGGAUAUGAUUUAGCCCCUGAUGUCUACGGUUACGGGACCGUGAUGGAUGGGCUGGCUAAAAUUGGGGAUAUGAAAACCGCAUUGGAGCUGCUUGAUGAAAUGUCUGAGAGGGGUUUGAGUCCAGAUGUUACCUGUUAUAAUAUUCUGAUCAAUGGAUUUUUCAAGAAAGGUGAUUCUGCGGGGGCUAAUGACAUAUGGGAGAGGUUGGAAAGUGGAUCAACUGUUUAUCCGAAUACAGUUAGCUACAAUACGAUGAUUAGUGGUUUGUGCAAGUGCGGGGAGUUCGCUGAAGCUAUAGAAUUUUGGGAUAGAAUGAGGAAUAAUGAGCGGAAAAUGGACCUCUUUACGUGCAGUUCAUUAAUUCAUGGGCUUUGUGUGUCUGGGAAUGUAGAUGCGGCCGAGAGAGUAUUUGCAAAAAUGAAUGAGAAGAAGGUGAUUCCUGAUGUUGUGACGUACAAUUCAUUACUUAAUGGAUAUUGUCGAGUUGGGAAGAUUAAGAGCGUGUUUUCUUUGUGGGAGUUAAUGGGUAGGAAGGGUUGUCGUAAUGUUGUUAGCUUCAACAUAUUUCUGAGAUUGUUAUUUGAGAAUGGAAUGGUAGAUGAUGCAACUUCAGUGGCAAAGCUUCUGAAAGAGAAGAAUGAAUUUUCUGCUGAUUCUACCACCUUCGCAACUUUAAUUCAUGGGUUUUGUCAGAAUGGAUACCUUAACAAGGCUUUGUUGGUAUUGCAAGAAGCAGAAGAUAAAGUUGGCACUCUAGAUGCAUUUGCAUAUUCUGCAAUGAUUUCUGGGCUAUGUAGAGAAGGGCGACUAGACGAAGCAGUUAAGAUGCUGGAAAGGUCAAUUAAAUGUGGCUCUAAACCAAAUCCUCCGUUGUGCAAUGCACUUAUUUCUGGACUUAUCCAAGCCUCUAGACUGAAGGAUGCUCUGCAUCUGCUAAAGAAGAUGGAGAGUAUGAACUGUUCCCCAAAUCUCAUCACUUAUAACACUUUAAUUGAUGGAUUGUGCAAAGCUGAAUGGUUUGCUGAAGCUUAUGGGCUGGUGAAGGAAAUGCUAGAGAAAGGAUGGAAGCCCGAUAUGGUAACAUAUAGCUCGCUAAUUAAAGGGCUUUGCCAAGGAAAUAAUGUCGAUUCGGCUCUUAACUUGUGGAACCAAGUAAUAAGCAAUGGCUUGACUCCUGAUGUUACUAUGCACAAUAUUCUUAUUCAUGGGCUUUGUGCUGUUGGCAAAAUUAAAAAUUCUGCAGAACUGUAUCUGAACAUGAGUCGGUGGAAUUGCGUGGCUAACCUAGUCACUCACAAUACUUUAAUGGAGGGUUUCUACAAAGCCAGAGACAGCAAAAAUGCAUUGGUUAUAUGGGCUCGCAUUUUGAGAGCUCAGCUUCAGCCGGAUAUUAUUUCAUACAAUAUUACCCUUAAAGGACUCUGUUCUUGCAAUAGAAUGACAAUUGCAAGUUCAUUCUUGGAUGAUGCUCUCAGUAAGAAUAUCACUCCUACAGUAAUUACGUGGAAUAUACUUGUCAGAGCUGUUGUUCUUGAUAGAACUUCAGGAAGAUCUUAUCUUUCUAAAUGCUUUGGAAGCAAUGAUGUGCAGUGAAAUAUUUGAGUUCUGAUUGGCGUAGCUCUCAUGAAGUUAGACAAGUUUCUGCUGCCGGAAUCCAACUGCUUGUGUUGAUUGUGAAAUUUCCAGUAAAACUAUCAUAUAACUUCAUUAUAUAGGCUUUCUUCCUGCAGUUUACUAACUGUGCCUUCAAUCCAAAGAUUGAUGUUUUUUCUUUCCUUUUUUUUUUUUGUAAUUUAUAUUCACUUUGUUUUGUUUUGUUUUUCUUUUCUGAUACAGCAUCAUUUUUACAGCUUAAUUCAAAGUCUAACUUGAGUGGUUGAUCCCUUGCCAGAUGUUUACCAAAGGUAUUGGAAUAAAGUUCUCAUUUUUCUUAUUUAUCCACUAUAUUUCUUCUGCCUUAGCUUGUGUUAUUCUCUCUUUUAGAGAAAGUUCGUUGAAUGCAUCAAAAGAGAAAGGCCUUGGAGGUCAUAGUAACAUCUCCAGGUCCGAUACUUGAUGCAAGAUUGAAGUAGCUUGACGUAUUAGCCGCAAAUAUUAAGACCUUAUUUGGGGUUAUAACUCAUGCAACAUUUCAGAUCUAGUUUUCCUUCAAAUCAUGGAAUCUAAUAUUUACAGUAACAUAGAAGAAUAUAAAAUCGAACUCACUCUUUAUCUACAUCUGUAUUUUUGUGUUCUGUUUUUCCUAUCCCUGACAACAUUCCCUGCUCGUAGAGGAGUUGAGUAAUCAAGCCUACCAAGAUUGCUCCAAGGAUUGCAACUUUGCGUAAGUCAGACGAAGUAAUCAAGGCAUCAGAAAUCCCAAUAACUACGAGUCCAAUUAAUGCAAGGUAAAUAUUCCUUCUUGUUUUAGAACCAGCACUUUCCUUAGUAAGCUCUUUGAUCUUCCCCAUUUCCUCCUUAGCUGUAGCCACAGCUUCCUGAGAUGAUGGUGCUUUUGGUUUUUGGGUCAAGUUCUUGAAGAACAGACCUUCGUUUCUUUCCUUUUCAAUUAUCCCUUCAAAAUCAGCCAAUUUCUUUUCGUUCUCAUCAAUCUCUAGCUUGCUCAGCUCUGCAGAUUCUUCAAAAGCUUGCAUUUGGCUCUCUAUGUUUUCCAUUAUCUGCUCAAGCAAACAAUUAAAACUGGGUCAGAACUCAAAAGUGAAUGCUCUGAUAAUUUAAGAAGUGGGUUGGAAUUGGAUAAGAAAUAUACCCUGGAACCAGCUUCAUCAAGUUCUCUCAGAGCAUUUUCUCCUAUUUGAUCGAUUUCAGCAUUGGCUUCUUCGGCAAACUGGGUCAGGAAUGCUGAUCUUUCAUCCAAGAAAUCAAUUGCCCUUAAUUUUUCGGCUUGAAGCAUAGCAAUUUGGGCAAGCAAUUCCUGCUUCUGCUUAUCUCCUUCUGGUUGAGUUUCUGAAUCUGAACUAUUGGAGUUACAAUGAACAAGGUUCAGUUUCUUUCUCGUUGGAAACUUUUUUCUGGGAAACAAAUCAGAGUUGUUUGGCACGAAAGAAGAUUGAAUAGCUUUAAAGCACAACAUAGUUUAGCUUUUAUCAGAUUAGAUAUCUUUUGCUCAAAAGGAGUAGAGAGAGAUACGAACAAGGAACUGGUUUGCACCUCUCGUCUGGUUCUGUAAUAUUAUCUUGUCGUCGUCUUGAAACCAUAUCUUGGACUCUCUAAUGGGCCUGUUAUAAAUAGUUUGGAGAGUUAAAGGCAAACAUUCGACUUUUGGGCUCACCCAAGUAAAAUAUGAAUCUGUUUUGUAAGCUACCAUGUAGGUUUUUUUAGGUACACUACCCUUUAAAUCUUUGUUAUUGUGUUUUGAUGUCCCCAAAUGAUUGUUCUAAUCACUUUAGUCGCUCUAGUAGGGAGAGGAUACCAAUUAGCAAAAGUUAAGAAUGUGACCUACAAUUGUGGUAAGGUGACUUUCCUUUUUUUUUUGGACCACUAAUAGUGUUGUGGUAGUCAAAUUGGUAUCUGCUUAUUCUUUCUAGUACCAUAAUAGAAUUUCUCUUUGUAGGGAAAUAAGUGGAAUGAGUAUGAAAAAUCAAUAGACAACAUAUGUAUUUGACAAUUUCAAAAUUAUGGGAGGAAUAGAGAAAAGUACAAAUACAAA